AUGACAACCCUGGACGAUAAGCUGUUGGGAGAAAAGUGUCAAUACUACUACAGCAGCAGCAGCGAUGACGAGGACAGCGAUCAGGAUCGGAAAGUGCGGCAAGGCUCGGUCAGAGAAUCUGAGGGGAGCAAAGAAGAAGGAGCCAUUAAUACAGGUCCGAAAGGUGUCAUUAAUGACUGGCGGCGGUAUAAGCAGAUGGAGACUGAGCAGAACGCGGAGCAGCGCAGGGAGAUGGAACAGCUCAUUAAGAAGCUUUCAAUGACUUGUAAAUCUCAUCUGGAUGAAGAGAAGGACAAACAGAAGCAGAAAGAGCUGGAGGAGAAGCUGCACGGCAAGAUGACGAUGCAAGAGUACAACAUGAUGAAUGAGGAAGAAGACGAGGAGUUCCUUCAGAAGUACAGGAAGCAGAGGAUCGAGGAGAUGAAGAAACAGCUGAGCCACUCGCAGCUCUUCAAGGUGGUGGUUGACAUCAACAGCGCGGAGGAAUUCCUGGACAUCAUCGAUAAAGAAGAGCAAAAUAUUCUGGUGAUCAUCCUGAUAUACGAGGACGACAUCCCCGGGGCGGAGGCAGCGAACGGCAGCAUUAUCUGCCUGGCGGCCGAGUACCCCGGAGUCAAGUUCUGCAGAGUGAAGAGUUCCCUAUUGGGCACGAGCAGCAAAUUCACCGAGAAAGCGCUCCCGGCCUUCCUGGUGUACAGAUCAGGACUGCUGAUGGGCAAUUUCGUUCGAAUAACGGAUCAACUCGGGGACGACUUCUUUGCCGUCGACCUGGAAGCGUAUUUGAAGGAGUAUAGCCUGUUACCCGAGAAGGACCUGACACGCUCUGUGAUUCGCCAUCCGGCCGUUCAGUGCUAUGACAGCGACGACAGCGACUUAGAAAUAGACUGA